GUCGCCAUGGCUGCCGUUGACAGCUUCUACCUCUUGUACAGGGAAAUUGCCAGGUCUUGCAAUUGCUAUAUGGAAGCGCUGGCUUUGGUUGGAGCCUGGUACACGGCCAGGAAAAGCAUCACCGUCAUCUGUGACUUCUACAGUCUGAUCAGGCUGCACUUCAUCCCUCGCCUGGGGAGCAGGGCAGACCUCACCAAGCAGUACGGAAGAUGGGCCGUCGUCAGUGGUGCAACAGAUGGGAUUGGAAAAGCCUAUGCCGAAGAGUUAGCGAGCCGAGGUCUCAACAUUAUUCUGAUGAGUCGGAAUGAAGAGAAGCUGCGGACAGUUGCCAAAGACAUAGCCGACACCUACCAAGUGGAAACGGAUAUCAUAGUUGUGGACUUCAGCAGGGGCCGUGAGAUCUAUGUUCCCAUUGCAGAAGCCCUGAAGGACAAAGACGUUGGCAUCUUGGUAAACAAUGUGGGCGUGUUUUACCCCUACCCCCAGUAUUUCACUCAGGUCUCCGAGGACAAGCUCUGGGACAUCAUAAAUGUGAACAUCGCCGCUGCUAGUUUGAUGAUCCACAUAGUGUUACCAGGAAUGGUGGAGAGAAAGAAGGGUGCCAUCGUCACCAUCUCCUCUGGCUCCUGCUGCAAACCCACUCCACAGCUGGCUGCCUUCUCUGCUUCAAAGGCCUACUUAGACCAUCUCAGCCGAGCGCUGCAGUACGAGUACGCCUCUAAAGGGAUCUUCGUGCAGAGCCUCCUCCCCUUCUACGUGGCCACCAACAUGGCUGGACCUAGCAGCUUUCUGCACAGAUGCCCCUGGCUGGUGCCUUCACCAAAAGUAUAUGCACAUCAUGCUGUCUCUACCCUGGGGAUUUCCAAAAGGACCACAGGAUACUGGUCCCACUCUAUUCAGUUUCUUUUUGCACAGUAUAUGCCUGAGUGGCUCUGGGUAUGGGGAGCAAAUAUUCUCAACCGCUCCUUACGCAAGGAGGCCUUAGCCUGCACAGCCUGAGUCCCGACCGUCAGUCAAGUUUUGCCAAGUCAUGGUAACCGGCAGUAUUCCGACAUUUGGAAACACAUUUAAUUUAUCUGAUGUAUUUUCUUUUUGACUGAUGAUCAGUGUGCUGUUAAUUCAUCGUUUGUAAGGCAAAGUCUUGGAGAGCUGUGAUAAACCUCCAGGGCCAGUGGAUGGCGUGGAACAACUAACUCCUGAGUGUGGGAACUGGUGAAGACGCCUAGAUGUGAUUGCUUUGUUCCAAGCUGUUCAAGAGGGGUGUUGACAUCAGAGCUACGGCAGCAAACACUUAUAACAGACUUGUCAGCGCUUCAGUUUCAGAUGUCGUGUUUUAAGGGAAAUGGCCUAUUUUCCCUUUACGGAUGACAGCAGUGUUAGUUUUGAAAUGUUCACUAGGAAGACUAUUGAAAAGUGUUAUUUUGUAACUGAGAUCUCUGGUGUUAGCUUAGGAAUCUGGUUGGGCUGCCGGAGGACAGAGAUGCAGAACCUGUGUGCUGUGCUGUGUGUGAGCAGCUCUACACAGGGUUAAGUUACAAAAGAGCCUUGUCAGGGUGGGUAACGGGAAGCUUCACGGGGUGAUACAGACCCAGGCUCUUCCUUUCCAGACCAGACAAGCCUGCCAGGUUUGUGCUGUGGGUUUGCCUGUCUGCUGCUGCUUCCUCCAUGUUGUUUGUGUUUCCCAGGUCUGGGGUGAGUGUGUUCCUAGACUUGGAGAUCUAAUGAGUAACCGUUAGUCACUAUCUUUUGAUUUGUAAUUGUGGUCAAGUAGUGAUUUCUGAACCUAUGAUCCAUUUUAUAACUGAAACUUAGCCCUUUUGAUCUUGUUAUAGCUGGUUUUCAUACACUUUUCUAUGUAAAAUGAUUCCAUUCCGGUAGUAGUAUUGAUAUAAACAUCAAGUAUUUAUGGAAUAGUACUUAAAAUAUGGACAGAUUAUGUGUGUGAUAUGAUGUAUCUGUUGCAAUAAUGUUAGAAGCUCAUUUUUUGGUCCAUGUAAUGAAUUAUGCAUUAUUGUGAGUACUUUUAUUGAUGUAAUGAUAAUUAUGCACAAACCCCACAAUAUGGAUUAGCAUUGACACCUACAGUGAAAUAUCUUUAAUUCAGAUCCUAUAAAGCCAACCAUUUUUUGUGGGCCACAUACCUAGCACUCAGAAUUUAUGUAAGUUUCUAUAUGAAUAUGGUAACAUGGGCGGAUUUAAAAUUCAGAGCUUAAUAUCAUGACACUGAAGAAGCUGGUCAUUUGGUUGAGGCCAGGACUGGUGUGGGAUCGUCCUGCUGUGAGGCCGUCUUCCACAGUGUGCCUAAGCACACCUGAGUGUGGAACACACGUUUUUGCCUGUGACCUUCCUUGCAACAUUUCCAGAUGUGACGUGGAUUCAGAAGAUGAGUGGCUAAGUUCCAAAGCUCUUCCGCUCCUAAAUCAUGUCUUCGAAACACAGGAGCGGAGACCUUUGCACUGGAGGCACAGCGCAGCUGGAUCCUCUGACUUCACACCACACUGAUGGAAUCUGCGCGAUGUGUGAUUGCAGCAGCGGCAGCUUUCUGUAGCCACGCUGCUGUGUGAUUCUGUGUAAGCCAGGUCCCGGUGCAGUCUUGGGGUUAGGGAUCAGGUGGGUGGGGCGGCACUGGUAAACACGCCUGGCCCGUGGUAUUCUGAAUUCUGCCCCUGGCAGGAUGUAGCCAGACAUGCUGACUGGUACAGAGGUGGUGCAGACUGGUCCCCAGCUUCAGGGGAGGAGCAAGACUGAAUUUCCUUUGGUUUUCUAGCUUUCAUAAAACACCACCCCCCAAAGCUCACUUGAGAGUUGGUUGGUCACUAUGGAUAGGGUCUCUUAUUAAGAAUGUGGGGAAUCUGAACCUUGAAACUUGGUCUGUGAACUGGAAAUGUAACAAUAAAAGCAGUUGCUCUGUCUCCUCUGCAAGAGGCUUUGCUCCAAGUAUUUCUAA